CGGUGGUGUCGCGACCGCUCCUCGAAGCCGGUAUUAAAAAAAAUCUGUGUGGAAAAUACGCGUCCAUUUUUCACCGUCCUCAAGUUUUCUAAAUGUGAAACGUAGCUUAUAUAGAUUAUACUUAGCUUUUGAAAUCGCAUAAGUUUUAUCUCAGACUGAUAUCGUUAUUAAGAAUUUAGUGAUUAUUUUGUGAUACAGUACAAAAGUGUAUGUGCAAAUUGUGUUAGUGCAGUGUGAUGGAUAUAACCUGUUAGAGCGCAUCACAUACCAUGUCGAAGACUUUAAACGCCUACAGAAUAAAGAAGAUCGAAUCGCUCGGCAAGAUGACGGCGAUGACGCAGGAGGAGAUGGUGGCGGGCGCUCGCACCGUGGCCGCGGGGCUUGAGGCUCUGCGGGCAGAGCACGCGCAACUGCUGGCUGGCCUGGCCGCCAACACGGAGCAUGAGAGCGAGAAGGUGGCCCUUGUACGCAAGAGCAUCGACGCCAUCGAGCUAGGGAUCGGAGAGGCGCAGGUGAUGACGGCCUUAGCCUCCCACCUCCAGUCGGUAGAGGCAGAGAAGCAGAAGCUCCGAACCCAAGUGCGUCGCCUCUGCCAGGAGAACGCGUGGCUCCGCGACGAGUUGGCGGCGGCCCAGCAACGCCUGCAGGCAUCCGAGCAGAGGGUAUCGCAACUCGAAGAGGAGAAUAAGCACUUGGACUUCAUGGCCUCUAUAAGGAAAUACGACAGCGAUAUCACUGAAGAAUCAGAGACCAGUCGCAGCGGACAAGCUGACAGCAAGCGUGAUGACCCCAUGGUUGAUCUGUUCCCGGACGACGACCACGAAGACAACAGGAACAAUAAGUCCAUGUCGCCAACGCCACCGUCACAGUUCGCGCAGCAAGUGAACGCUGGGUACGAGAUCCCGGCCCGCCUGCGCACCCUUCACAACCUGGUUAUCCAGUACGCGUCCCAGGGGCGGUACGAGGUGGCCGUGCCGCUGUGCAAGCAAGCGCUGGAAGACCUGGAGAAGACUUCCGGACACGACCAUCCAGAUGUCGCCACUAUGCUGAACAUACUCGCGUUAGUCUACAGGGAUCAAAACAAAUACAAGGAAGCUGCAAACUUGCUGAACGACGCACUUUCCAUCCGCGAGAAGACCCUCGGUGAAAACCACCCCGCCGUGGCGGCAACGCUCAACAACCUCGCUGUGCUUUAUGGGAAGCGAGGUAAAUACCGCGAGGCGGAGCCUCUGUGCAAGCGUGCUCUGUGCAUCCGGGAGGCAGUGCUGGGGCGCGACCACCCCGACGUCGCCAAGCAGUUGAACAACCUCGCCCUGCUGUGCCAGAACCAGAACAAAUACGAAGAGGUGGAGCAAUACUACCAGCGCGCGCUCGAGAUAUACGAGAGCAAGCUGGGACCCGACGACCCCAACGUUGCCAAGACCAAGAACAACCUCGCGUCAUGCUACCUCAAACAAGGCAAAUACAAGGAGGCGGAAACUCUAUACAAACAGGUGUUGACACGCGCGCACGAGAGGGAAUUCGGAACCAUUGAUGGCGACAACAAGCCCAUCUGGCAAGUGGCUGAGGAGAGGGAGGAGAACAAACAUCUGCAGAAGGAGAACGCGCCGUAUGGAGAGUAUGGCGGAUGGCAUAAAGCUGCUAAGGUGGAUUCCCCCACUGUGACCACAACACUGAAAAACCUUGGUGCACUUUACCGACGUCAAGGGAAGUACGAGGCCGCCGAAACCCUUGAGGACUGCGCGCUGCGUAGCCGGAAAGAGGCAUUGGACAUGGUGAAACAGUCACGAUCGAGGAGUGGCCGCGGCCCGCGGGAGGUUGAACCGCGUGAACAUGAAGAGGGCACGAACCAGGCGAGUGAGCCCCGUAUGAACCUAAAAUCGAAACUGUUCAAUGCGCUAGGUAUCAACACAGGGAGCAAUACGCCGCCGCACCAGUAGUAUAGACUAUAUACCUAGUUGUCUAGGUUUUAAUUUUAAGCACUUACUCGCUUCUAUGUGAACGCUCCUCGGGCCUCGCGGUGCUAGAGCGAGAUGGAGAGAUAGUGAGCUAAUUCUAAUCAAUUUUAUCAAUAUCUUAUAUUAGGACACGUUGGCUCAUUAUUUUUCAUUACGAGGAUCAUUCAUGUCUCACACUCAAAUUUUUUUGCCCGCCUAUAUAUUUGUUGUUUUGUAGUUAAAAUGUAUAAUUUUAACGCUUUAUUAUUUUAUCGUUUUUAUUUACGUAUAAAUGCCCGGUAAAUAUCGGUAAAUCGGGUGAUAAAUAUAAUUAUUAUUAUUAAAAAAAAUGUUAUCACAAUUUUGCCUCUGGAAUUCAGUAUGGCGGGCUUCUAGUUUAGUAUAAUUUAUUAGCAUGCGGUAGGUUUAGCAUUAAGAAAAAAAAUACGAAAAAAAAAUAUUAAAAAUAUUAUUAUACGAUGGAGAUGUGUGAUAGAAAUAAAAAAAAUAAUGAAGCAUGUAUACCGUCCCGUAAGAGAUAUAAUAAUUACUAAUAUUAUAAUUAUUAAAAAUGCUAGAUGGUGCGUUUUUUGUAUUUAAAAAAAAAUGUUUUAAGAUCAUGACAUUUUGAAGUGUUGAAUUUUACGAACUUUUUUUUAUCAGUUUAAACUUGUUUACAUACAUAUAGCAAUUUUUAUAUGCAUAGUAUUUUAUGUGAUAUUACGUAAGCAUUUAGUUCUAGACAAAACGGUACGUAAAAUUCGACCCUGGGCAUUUGUUCACUAUGACAUUGGAAUCUUAACAAACUCGUUAUAGGUCUGCAAUCACACGAAGACCAUUUAGCCUCGAUGUAGCAGUGUAGUAUACCGACAGGCGUAUUUAUUGUGACGUUAUUCGUCGUAAAUUUACGUGGUUUUGACGCCAAUUAUUUUAUACACGGUCAUAAUUAUAACUGGCAUGUCUACAUGUAGUCUACAAAGUAAAAUAGUGAUAAGGAUUAGCUAUACUUUUAGAACUGUUAAUUUAGUCUAGUUAAGUAGUGCAUGACUGAAUUAUCACCAAUACAAAAGUCUUACCGGCUAAAAAUACAAAUAGAAAGAGAGAAGAGGACUUGGCGCCAAAGGUUUAACCUAUUAUUUGUGUUCGUGUGAUAGAUCUACAAUAACUAAAAUCUAUGUCUUUAAAGUAAGUUUUGUUAAAUUUGACGUCAAAACAACACAUUGGUCGAGCAUCGGUUAGAAUUUCAAAAUCAUAGAUAACAAACAUGCGCCCGGGACUACAGAAUCUAAAAUCUAUAAUUGCAUUUAUUAAGUUGUGGCGUGUCAGAAAUAUUUAUAAAUUGAUAUUUUGCAUGUGAAUACAACGAUUUUAUUUUAUUCGCUUACGAUUAUAUUAUUAUUGUUUUUAUUUUUUUUUAAUUUGCUGAUAAUUUUAUUAAUGUAUAAUAAUUUUUGCCGGCGAAUGCAUGGAUGUACUUUUUAUUGUGAAAGUUUUCAUGCAUAUUUUAUCUCUUCUUACCAAUCAAGUAAUGUUUCUUUUGUUCUUUUAAAUAAUGUUAUGCUUAAACUCAUUCCAGUGUAGCGUAUAUGUUUUCGGUCUUAAGCUUUAUGUGAGAGUUGGUGUAGACGCGCAUGUAGAAAUUCCCGGUUAACCGUAUUCGGUUGAAUCGGUCGCCGAAGAAUUCCAUCAUGCGCGCUUAGACUUAUAUAGGAAUUAAAUAUUUUAGUAUUUUUUAUAAUUUUGAUUUUUUAUUUGUACGAAGGUGCUGCUUGGGAAUGUGAAUUUUAAUAUUACAUUACAUCUUAAUUAUUAUAAUAUAUUAUACAAGAGACACAAAUUUGUUUUACAUCGUUUUAUUAUUGAGGAAUCUCUGAUACGAAAACCAAGUCUUAAAAAAGUACCAAAUAUAAAAAAAAAAUUGCUACCUUGUCUAAUUGUCGUGGUUUCGAAUGAUAACUUUUAAUUGUUAAUAAAUAUUUAUGUAUCAUU